GGGGCGAUUUAGGGCAGAAUCAAUCGGAGCUGACCCCCCUCCCCAACCGUGACUGGAUCGGCUCGUAGCCGACGUGGCCGCGGCGAUGGAGGAGACGCGACACCUCGUCGGAGUCGGACCAGCGCGUGCUAAGAAGGCCAGGGACGCGCGGUCUGAGGAAUCCGACGACAUGGCGACCAAGAGCAAGACCUACUGCAGCGCCGCCGCUGCCGCGUCGGAGGAAGAGUCUCGUCGCCUCCGUGAACCCGAAUCAGCGGCUAGGCCUUUCGCGCUGCCUGGUCCGGCUGACGACGAAGCAAAGUCAAGGUGGGCGGCGCCUGGCCGCCGCCGCCGCGCGUGCAACUGGCUGCGGCUGCUGUUCCGUUCGCCUCCUCUCCAUCCUCCCCCCGACUUCAGGCCUAAGAUGUCACGUUCGGAGAUAAAAGCUCUGAAUCACGAUACCAUGCUGCAAUGCCUUCAGCUGUACAACGCCGCCCAUCCGGGCGAUGAGUAUGAACCUGCUCCUGGUAAGGUGACCAGACGCGGCAAGCUUGACAAUUACGGUUUUUGGACUCAUGGCAACUUUGUGGCUCGUCGGAAGCGCUCUGGCUGCUUGUCCUUCGUGCCCGCUCCGCGAACUCUCUUCUUUUUUGAGCUCAUUGAUAGAGGUGAUGACGAUGAAGUUCUCACAUGCAUCCCCCUAGAUGAACCAGUUACUGAAGCCUACGUUUUCCUUGGAAUCCCUCUUGGGCGGGGCACCCGGCGUAAUGGUGAAUCGGACUGUGUUUGCAAGACAUGCUACCGUCGAUUUCAUGUCCCACAUGCUGGUCUGACGAGGAAAUGUGGAUGUGAAGAUAGCAAGGUGGAGAGGGUAUGUAAAAUGUGCUAUCUUGACGCUGAUGUGUUGCAUCCCUUCCGAGGAGGAUUCCGUUUUGGCCAUCACCAAGAGAGCUUUGUAAAGCGUUACUGCUCCUACUACUGAGCAGUGAGCCCUGCUUCAGUCACUCUGAUAGGAAACAGACUUGUUGUAUGAUGCUUUAGUUAGAUUUUGUCGGUGGCAUACCUUUUCGAAUGACCUAUGUAAUUUAUAGUGCCUGGUCAUCAUUGCUAGUGUAAAUAAACUUGUAAGUAUGGAUGGACCAUUGUAAUAAUCCAAUAUCUGUGCUUCAGUAUACAAUCGUUUGGAUGCUACGGCUGAGAUUUGUGGU